AUGUUCAUGUUUCCUGAAUCAUUUGCAUUUCUGUUGGUUUUAAUUUUCACGGCUAAAAUCAGUGCAACGGGAAUAAGCCUGAUUAUUUCCAAAUACAAACGUGUAAAAUACCUGGAUGAUAAAGUAAGCUUUGACCAGGAAUUCUUGUUUUCUCCAAAACACAGUCUUGUUGAGUGUGUUCUACAAUGUGUAGAUGCCAAAUCCUGUGUGUCAGUUUUUUAUUCACCAUUGCUAUGUAAGGGUUAUUCGACAGCAUUUUCUCAAAGUUCUGCAAGCUUAAUUCAAAUGCCUGGAACGCGCUAUUUCGUUCAUGACCAGUCUCCGCCAACAAAUGCAGGAACAUCAACUCAAGGGAGCCUACAAAAUAACCUUACUGAUGUUGCAACUGUAAGCUCAAUGUUAGGGUCAUGUAGUUCACUGAAUCCACUUGGAUAUACCUGGGAUUUUGUUUAUGGCAUAUGUUACCAUCUUCAUGUAUCCAAACUAAAUGUACUAAAUGCCAAGGCAAAAUGUCAGACAGAACAUGGGAACAGUCGCCUGCUGCUCGUUGACUCGGAUGAUACAUACAACUUCGCGGUUAAAAUUAUAGAUACAUACCAUACAGGACCUAUCUAUCUACAGGGGACGCGAUCUGGUGGUUCUAAUUUUGUUGAUGAUAAUGGACAGUUAAUGACCUACUUUAAAUGGGAUGUCGGGGAACCUGACAGUAGUGGCGACUACCUCCGAUCGGACACGGACACUCGGUUGCAGGAGACGUCCUCAGGAUCGUCAUCAUUCAAAUUCAUCUGUCGUUUGUACUGA